AUGAACGAAAUAAGCGAGUCUGAACGCGGAUUGAAGGCCGUUUUUAAGGUACAAGGGAAGCUGUAUGAUGUCUAUCUUGAUGAAAAUGAAAUCGUGUGGACCUUACAAGGCGAGUUGAGUUCAGGUAUUUACUAAGCAUGCCAAAAACAUUGGCUUAUAUCGGAAGCGUCGUUCGUCUAUUUUUGAGACUUUUUUGCAAGUAAAAUCGUUUUCCGAUUGAACUUAAAAGCUUUGGUGAACCGUUUGACAUCAAUUGAUUCCAUGAGGACUUGUCAACACCAAGUUAAUGUUCGACCCAGUUUCAUAAAUUAAAUGUAUAUAUCACUUUCCUCAUAUGUUUUUAUACGUUCUAGUAAUCGUUAAACUAAUCUGCUCUGUAUUUAUCUCGAUCGUGUAUACCUCAAGCUAAAUUUUAAGUAUGCAAUUGAGUGAAGCGUAACAAUGACAGAACAAAGUGGCAGAAACUGAAACAGCAGUUUCACGUCGAAAGUAAAUGUUUAGAGAGAAAACAUCUCAUGAAAGAAAAAGUUUUCUAGCCCUAUGCAAUUAAACACCUUUUAAUUGUGUGAGAUACCUAUAAAGUUAGGAAGUCGUUUCACAUGUACAGUUUAUGUAAUGAAAAUUGCACGAGUGUUUUUUUGCAUUGCAGGUAAUUUAGUGUUAACAACUGGGUUGAAAACGUAAAUUAGCCACCGUAAAGGGUAAAAAAGCUGACGUUUCGAGCGUUAGCCCUUCGUCAGCUUUUUUACCCUUUACGGUGGCUAAUUUACGUUUUCAACCCAGUUGUUAACACUAAAUUACCUGCUAUACUCUCCCACCGACGCAGCACCACAGUUUCUUUAGAAACUUACCCCAUUAAUUCCUUACAUGAUUAUGAUCAUUUUAAGUAUUGCUCUUAUACGAGCCUUUUUACGGUUCUACUCAUCUGAAAGGCUUGAAAGUUUCUUCCAUCUCUUUUAAGAUAUGAGUGGUUGGUCUUCUAUAUCAUGUUGCCUUUAUGCACCUUAGAUAACAAAAGUAUAGUAAUGGUGAAUUUUCCUCCUCAUUUUUUUCCUUCACCAAAGACACUGAAUAGUAAUAUUAUUAUAACAUGGCUGAACUGAAUUUUUUACUUUUCCCAACAUAAAAGAAAUUUACAGUCAGCCCAGGAAAAAAUUUCCACAAGAAAUUGAAAUGUAACUGCAGCAAACAAAUAAAGUAUUCUCACUGAUGGCUGUUUGGAAAUGUUGCUUAAGUGAGGAUGCUUCUUGGAGGAGAGGGGACUCAAAAUAUAUUUCAACAAGGAUGCUUUCCCUCAAGAUCCAAAAUCUGAUACAUUGACAAGCCCUCAAGGCAAACUUUUACAUACGUGUAUGUGUGCAAAUUAAUCUUAAUAUUUAAAAUAUUAUAAAUUUUGCAUAAGAAAUUGAAUAUUUUUUAUAUUGACAUGAACUCUUGUUGAUGUAAACAGCCUCCAGCACACGCAAUUACAACCUUUCCACAAGAUCUGUGAAACUGUCAGAUAUCAUUGGUGCAUGGAUAGCUAAACGACGCAUACCCAGGAAUGAAAGCAAGGAUGGUGAACUUGUUGGAUUUACUAUUUUUACCUUCAAAAAAGCUGAAAACAGGAAGCUGUGUGAAGCAAGGAUAACUUUUGAGAGUGAGGACCAAAAUGUCUGUGACAUGUGGGUUGUUAAGAUUAACGACACUUUGAAGAGUAAGUUUUAACAUGGUUAAUUAGGUAGGGUUUCUUUUAGUUUAGCUCUGUAUAGAGAAUGCUGAAAAAAAACUUAGGGGCAGGGCUGAGAAAAGGAGCUACAAAAAAGAAGAAUUUUCAUGAACCUUAUACCUAUAAACAGCUUUAAGUAGAAUGUUCAAAAAUUGUAGUUGAUCAAAAAUAAGGAAUAAUUUAUGAAACAAAUUAGUCACUAGGACAUUAGAUGACAGCAUCUAAUUCUCAGAAUUAGUUACAGAUAACACAUGAUGGCUAAGGCAAUUAAAACUCGUGAGUUGCAUUAUUCAUUGAUCCAAUUUAAUAAAGAUGAAUAUGCUACAGACAUAACAAAGUCUCUGACUUAGCAUAGUCUGUGACCAAAAAUGUUUCCAGUCUUCUCCACCUUACUUGUAAUUCACAAUUUGCCAAGGGCUUAUAACGAUAUUAAACAACUCUUUGUAGUAUUGCUAUAUCUUGGAUUUUUAAUUUAAAUUUUUUAUUUUUAUACGUACUAUCACAAAUGUAUAGUACAAAUUUGUAGAGGCUAACUACAAUACACGUCUUUAAGAAUUCCUACGAUUCUGUGAUCUUCCACGCAAAAUUUCAGACAACAUUAAUAAAUCAUGGUUUCUUUUUUUUUUCUUUUUUUUUUCUUUUUUUUUCCUGUUUAGGUAUUCCUAGCAGACCUCGUAAGCUGAAAGUAGUAAUAAAUCCUAGAAGUAAAAAAGGUGAAGCAAGGCUUGUGUACUUAAAAAAGGUUGCACCUUUAUUUGAGAAGGCUGGCAUCAGGGCAGAUCUCAUGAGUAAGUUAUUUGUAGUAGUUGCUCAUAAUUAUAGUGCAAAUUUGAAAAAGUGUGUUACUAGUUGCAUGUGUUUUGUCCACGUGUAUUGUAUGUGACAGCUAUGAUAAACCCUGCCAAAUUGUGUGUAAAUUGAUAAUUAAAAACACCUUAAUUUAUUAGUCACAUAUAACAAAGUAUGUAUUACUAACAAUUUAACACUUUACUUUCUAAAACAUAUAUCAAUUUUUUCUUUUUUUUCAAGUGCUGAAUUUAAAAAGAAAAGCAAAGUUAGUUAGGCAUGUAGUUUAAUGGUUAAGACAAUAUCUGUUGUGUUUAACAAGUUCACCAAGGUAGCUCCAAGCCUGGAUAUGUAGGGUUUGGUAAUAUAAAUGUUAAUACCAAAGCUAUCAAAUUAUUAAAUUAAAUGUGUGUUGAAUGUAAAGAUCCUGUUGCCCAAAUGUGGCAAAACCACAGAUACCAUUCUGACAUAAACAAAGAGUUUACUUACUUACUCACUUACUCUCUCACUUUCUAACUGACUGACUGGCUGACUGAUUGACUUACUGACUGACUGACUGAUUGACUUACUGACUGACUGACUGAUUGACUUACUGACUGACUGAUUAACUGACUGACAGUCAUUUACAGUACAAUCUGUAAUUGUUUGCUGUGAGAUAAGCAAAUAGAUUCAGAUGCAUUUUGUAAAAUGUUUCUGCAGAGCUCACCAUGAUUUGUUCAUGUGCAAGCAUUUCAUAGUUUGACUUUAAUUUUAAUUUUAUCAUUAUCAAAUUAAUUAUCUUGAAGUUUGAUCAACAGGGAUAAAAUUUGAAUCAGAUAUAAACAGCUUUAAAAUAAUCUCUAAUAAGUUGGAUUUAAAACUUAUUUAGUGACACAGUGGGCAGGACAUGCUUGGGAGUUCUUCCAAACUGCAGAGCUUUCCACAUAUGAUGGGUAAGAAAUAUAUUUCCAAUGUAAAUUAUAAUUUACAGGGCCCAAAAGAAGUUACUUUAAAUUCUAAGCUAAAUGAUAAUGUAUUAAAGUAAAAUCCCUUGAUUUUAAAGGAAAUAAUAACAUUUUUACUAGAGUUUAACCAGUUGAAUUAAAGAAUUAAAGUCAUUCUUCUUAAAAAAAAUAAUCAGAAUAAUGCUUGGUUAAGGUUUCAGCAAAACCAUAGCAGUGAUGAAUAAUUGUAAACUCCACUAGACUUGAUUUAUUGUUCAGUGUAAUGUUUAAGAUAUAAACUUAAUUUAAGCCAAUGAUGAAAAUAUGUUAGAAAAUAGCAAAACUGUAUCCAGCCACCUUAACAGUUAUCACUGGAAGAUGUAUUUUGGGAAUGUUGCCUAAACUGACAUCUCAACCAUUAUUAUUGUCAAUACUCAGUGAUAAGAAACAAUUACAGCACUAAGUGUUGAAUGUAAAAAUUUUCAGGGUUGUUUGUGUUGGAGGAGAUGGUAUUGUGCAUGAAGUUGUUAAUGGAUUAUUAGAGAAGUCACAUGGAAAUGUUGGAAUUGAUCUGGUUGAUGGAACCUUACCUGAGAAGUUCAGUGCUCUGCCACUCAGCAUGCGAAUUGGAAUCAUUCCUGCAGGUACUACUAAUUCAAUGCAACAUCUGUGAUUAAAGAGGCUUCUAUUGUUUGAAGAUUGGCCACAGGACAUAUUCCUUUUUUUUUUUUUUGCAGUAUACUGUAAUUGAGAUUAUAGUAUGUAGUGUCCAUACAAAGAAAAGAAGUAUUUUUCUUCCAAAAAUCUGCGCUAUAAGAUUCUGGAAAAGAACUUGUUUAAAAUCUAAACUUAAAACUGAGGCUUCAAGGCUCGAUCCUCAAAUCUUGAAAGUUUUUUGAAGUGAGGAUCAAGUUUAAAGCAAGACUAUCAUCCUACUUAAAGGCUUUUAUUGUUCCUCUAACUGAAACUAAAUUGAUCAGAUAAUGAGGUUUACAUUCAAGACACUCAUACCAACUUGAAGCAAUAAACGAUUUAAUACUCUUAAUUUUGCUUUCCUUUUGUUUUAAAGCAAGGAUGUAAAAUGAACUCUAUUAUUCCAGGGAACACACUUUAUUUAUACUAAUUAUGCAUGAUAAUCUAAACAGUCAAACAAAAAAUUUUGUGAUUUCAAGUAUCAUGAAGGAAUAUACAUUCAAUUACUUUUUUUAGGUUCGACAGAGGUGGUGGUUUAUUCAGCACAGGGAUCUAAUGAUCCUGUCACGUCUGCUAUACAUAUAAUUUUAGGUAAUUACUCCACAAAUAGCUUUUAUUAUAGGUUUUGCUCUUUUAUACAUAGAACAAAAUUGAGGUUAAAACACUCCUGAAAUUGAUUUGAGCCCAUAUUUGUGUUAAAAAAUACUCACUCUUUGACCUGAAAUCUCUCUUCAGGACAAGUGGCAAAAUUAGUUUCAUGAUUUUCUUGGAUGACAUUGAUUGGUAUAAAAACAUGGUGGAAAGCAAGAGAAAGAUAGUAAAUAAAACAGAGGCCAAAAAACUGUCACAAAUAUGUUUUACAACACCCUGCAUACUACAAUGUCUAUAUGUAGUGUAGAUGCACGCACCCUCCAUUAACUUUCUAGAUGUGUCCGUGUUUCCCUUGAAUUCUAUUUUGAGAGCAAAAUAGAUCAAAUUCAAGCACCAUUGCUGUGUUGAUUGUUGGGCACCAAUCCAUAUAAAAACUUCUUAAUGUUCAUCAGUUUGUCCUUUUAGUCUCUUUAUGAGAGGAGCUUUGCUCUAGUAUCUUACAGAUCCCUUGGAAACUGGUUUUAAUAUAUACAAUUGCGCAGAUGUAAUAAUGGUAUUCAUCUUUAUAUUAUAUGUAUUUGCUUCAGGUCACACAAUAUCACUGGAUAUAUGUUCUCUGUGGAGUGACAACAAACACAUCAGGUUCACAUUUUCACUGGCUUAUGGCUUCCUCGGAGAUGUGUUGAAAACUAGUGAGCAACAUCGUUGGAUGGGUCCCAAACGAUACAAAUGGGGAGCUGUGAGGAGGCUCUGGAAACUCAGGUAAACUAAUUAAACUUCAAUUUUAGAACAAUAUUUUAUUAUGCUGAAUGCUUUUCUCUAAAUGUAUCUUUUAUUUUCUUAUCUUUAAUAUAAUUUUGUUUUAUUUUGUUUGUGCUUUUAUCAAAUAUCAUCAGCUGGGCUUAAUGGGUUUGUUGUUCAGUUGUUAUUGUAUUUCAAGCCAGAGUAGGCUAGUUUUCUUCGAUCUUGGUUUUGAUUUUAGGGGAUUAUCCUAAUAUGUAAAACUUUCAAAAGUUAGCUAGCUGUUAUCUUGAAUAUAUUAAUUUGUAGAUCAUAUGAUGUUGAGGUGAAGUAUCUUAUAAGUCCUUAUCCUGAACACCAUCCAAGAGAUAACACUCGCUGUAGAAUAGGGUAAGUCAUGGAGUAAAAUAACCUACUCUUAUACUAGUGUAGAUAUCUUUGACAAUGACAUCACAUUUGCUAUACUGUGUUUCCUAGGAUAUAUCUUGUAUAGAAGGGAUGAAAGGAAAACCUGCUUCUACUACUUGUAAAAGCAAUUUUAAAUUUUGGUGAUCAAAUUAUUUAUCAAGGUGUUUUAACUUGUACGUGUGUAGGUGUGAAGUUUGUAGUAAGGAAGAUGAUCAAGAUUGGGAAAGUGAGCAAAAUCAAGGUACUUACUGAGAUAAAGACUUCAUGUAAUUCAUGGCUCCUUUUCUAGUUUCAUACAUGUAUGUACAACACCUGGGAAUUGAGCCAAAUAUUGCCCCAGUGUGUUAUGUGAGAAUCAAAAUGAAUAAUUUUAGCUCACUUAAAUGAUAGGUUUGUAGUUGUUAUACUGGUUUACCAUCUGUCUUUCAUCAUUUUUCUCUGCAAAUAUAAUGUUGUGGAAAUGAAAUAGAAAAAUAGAGAAAUGAAAGGAGAGAAAAUGCAAUAAACAUAAUACUAUAUCAGAUGAAUUUAAAAUGAUGAGGAAAUGAAUUGUAAUGAAUCAUCAUAGCUAAAGAACUGACUAGUUUUGGCAACCUUCUGUUAUUUAACUCACUUAAUAUUUUGCAAUAAUGAAAUGACCCAGCCAUUAGAACCUGAGCUUCAGUGACUCUAAGCUGGGGAAGCAUUGAAAAGACAGUAGCAAUGGCUCUGUAGCAAAUAAUAUCAGUAAAAACAUGACGAGAUCCAAGAUAGGCUAGCAGGUAGGUUCCAUUUUCAAGAAAGGAAAGUUGUAUUUUUCUGGCUUAUUUUCCCAAUUUAUUUUAUUUUAUGAACAGAAUGGAAGUCAUUUCACUCUCGUGUUUAUGGGGUGAACUUUUACACUCUUCCCAAUCUGUGUGAGAUAUCCCCAGAGGGGCCGUCACCCUGCUGUCACUUGGGAGAUGGUUUUACAGACCUUGUUAUUAUUAAAGACUGCUCAAGACUUCAAUUGAAAUCACAUAUUCAGCGAAACUUCAAUUACAAAGACCAGGUUUGUUUUUUAUGAUGAUUAUAUGUGAUGGGCUUAAUAGCAUCUGCUGCUUAAUAAAUGAGGCAACUUUCGAUAGAUAGAUAGAUAGAUAGAUAGAUAGAUAGAUAGAUAGAUAGAUAGAUAGAUAGAUAGAUAGAUAGAUAGAUAGAUAGAUAGAUAGAUAGAUAGAUAGAUAGAUAGAUAGAUAGAUAGAUAGAUAGAUAGACUGUUUAUUCACAAAUACAUUGCUGUCAUUAGACUGAAUUGCGUAUUUCACAGAGAAAUAUAUAAAUAGGCAAAUGUUAAAACUAAUCACAAACAUAUGUACAUGAUAUAAAAAUAUACUUAUCUAAUGGGAUUAAAAUAUGUAUAGUUACUAGCUAAGUACUACGCGUUGUUUGUUGCUAGGCAUCUUUGGACAUUGCAUACACAAAGGACUGUCUAAAGCGGUCUGUGCGCGAGCGUGGUAGAUUAUAUGUUCUCUGUUGUCGCAGGCAGUAGCUUUGUUCAUUUCUUGGAGGCAGUAAGUUGUGUAGUUUAUGCCCCGAGUUGUUGGCGAUUGAAUCAAAGAGUCGUUUACAUAGAUCAUUGCAUCUCUCUUUUAGCGUUGGCAGGCCUAGUCUGUCCAAGCAGUCCUGAUAUGACAUAUCUGGGAGAAUUAUGGAAAGAACUCUUUUCUGUAUUCUCUCUAUUGCGAGAAUGAAGAUUGGUUAAGGAAAAACGGUAAAAAUCAAUCCUUUAAAUGGGGAUCAUAAAACAGAGAAAGAGGAAAAAGAAAAGAAAAGUAGGGAUACCAGAAGAGGCAUUCCUUUACUCACACUUCAAACACAGUAGUCCCACUUUUUAUCCAUUUGCUCUGGUUAAAAUUACAACAAAAAUUUAAAAUUUGUAUUUAAAUACUAUUUAAUUCAUCACAUUGGUCUCCACCCCUCUUGUUAUUUACCCACUCUCUUUGCAGUUUGCAUUUGGCUUCAUUGAAACACACCGUGUCAAAGAAUGUCAUAUUCAUGCUUGUGACAGGAGUGGUGUCCCUGUGAGUGGUACAGAUAGUCUCUUGCAUGGUGGUAGCUAUAGAGGAAGGAGGAAUCCAAAGGAGCGACCAGUUGGUGUAUGGAAUGUAGAUGGUGAAGUGCUCAGGCAGGCAUCUCUAUCACUCAGGUAUCCAACAGUGUAACUCAUAACAGGUUAUUUUUUGUUUUGCAUAGCAGUACUUGAAGUGAACUAGACUUUCCAAAGCUACAUGUACUCUUGAGUCCAGCUUGAAUGAAUUUAGGCAUUCAAUGGUCGAAAUGCACAAGACCUAUUCAACUUUGUGGCUGUAGGAAAAAAAGAAGGUGCACCGAAAAAUGGAGAAAAUUUUUAAAAAUUAAAUUACUUACCUAUUUUUCAUUGGUUUCAAGGGUUCACAGACAAAUUGUAACUAUAUUUGGAAGUGGUAUAGAGGAUGUCUCGCAACAAAAGUGUCGCUUCCUGAAAUGACAAAGCAUUGGUUAAAUUUAAAGGAGCUUAUUUCUAGUAUGUAAUUCUUGUAUCGUUCAUAAUGCAUUUGCAUGUGAUGGAUACAGGAUGAACAUCAAGGUCCGCUGGAUAGGGAACGAAAUCCCUCUGAACAAAUGGCUAUCCAGCAGACAUUGCUGUUUGUUUAAACCUCACAUGCAACAUUUGUAAAGUUUAUCCUACUAAGUUGAAAGUUAUGUAAAAUUAAAGCAUUGACAACAUCUUCUGGCCUCUACUAAGUUAAAGGUUAUCUGACAUUAGCCAGAAUUUAGAUUGGAACACCAGACGUUACUUUUCUCAUACCCACGAGAGGAACGUUUCUCAAAAUAUUUAUAUCAGUGUCGGUGUUUUUGAGAAGAUUCUUUCUCCGUUAUCUGUUGGAGUUUUGAUUCUUUUUUAAUAUAAAGUAUAAUUGAACUAUCUCCCUAAAUUUAUAGUAUUUAUGUAUUUAUUUAUUUGUCAAAUGAUUUAAUUAAAUUGCGUUGGCCCCAUACUGGUGACAAUUGGUGAUCAUUUAUCAAAAUUAUCAUUUUCUGGAAAAUAAUGUAACGCAAAAUGCCAUUAAGUUUAUUGAGGACUCGUAAUAUGAAGGAAGUAUCGUCCGAAGUAGAUUUUGAUGAAUUUACUACGCGUUUACGAAGUGAACUCCAAUGUACUGUAUUACUGAUCAGCGAUCAGCUAUAGUUGCUGAAAUAUUACCGCGUGGUUUAGGUGUCCACUUUGUAAAGUUUCCACUGUAUGAAUUUAGCAAUAAAACGUCGUGAAAAUAACAUUGAUAAAUUGAAACUCCUUUAACCCCUUAGACAGUAAGUAUAGUGUCGCCCAUUAAUUAUGACCCUGAGUGCAACUAGAGUCGAUUAGUUGGGAACAAAUACGUUCCGCGAUACAAGCCCCAGUGUUUAUAUCGCUGGAUUGCUUGUUGCGGAUAGCUGUAGCAUUACAAAUGGUUUGUAAACGGUACAUGGUCUUACUGACAUGAUUGUGGACACAAAACUAGAUUCCAGUUUGGAAGGAAAAAAGUAAACUCCGUUUAUACGAACCUACUGCCUAGUAAACAUCGUGUCAUGUGCAUUCUAACAUUUUCAAGACUAUUCAGUUCACUAAUUCAGUGUGGCUUAAGAGAUUUCAAAGACUUUUUUUCUCUCUAAGUGAUCAUUAUUUUUUUUUCAAACAGUUUUUACACUGAAAGGGGCAUCCUAAGGAUGGGAUUAAUAAAUAUAAAUAUAAAUCAAGGAAGAAGUUAGCCUCGUCUACAAAAACGUGUAUGAUUGACACACAAACGUAAAGGAAGGUGUGUCGUCAGCAAGGGAACUAAAGGAGAGCAGUUAUUCUAGGACUGUGGGUAACUCACCCUUUGGCAUAUACCUUGUCAGAUAUGGUUUCCUCAAUCUUCCUUCUUCAAGGUAGAAACGUCUGAAACUAGGGUAUAUUACUCCUAUAUUUGAGGACCUUGCGUCGUGUGUUGACAGCUUUUAAGUUGAAAUUACUGAAUCAGUUACAUCAAAAAAACAUUUGCAGAAAUCGAUAGGCACUCGACGGAUUUCCUCAUCGUUGUUCACGUUAAGGAUACUAGUAUGGUUCAUAUGUGUAAUCAGGGCUGUUUCAGUGGAAUAUUCUUAUCUACUGAGACCGAUUCAAGUUCGUACAUGUCUAAUUAUAUUGGGUGGAAAAUUAAAAAAGACAACUACUAGAUUCUUGUUUUGAGUGAAUUUUUGCGACGACGGGUGUUCAGUAGUGAUGUGAGAUUUGUAUUGGGGAAAGCUGAUUGUCACGAUUGAAAGGUUUAUUAAAUACAUAAACCAACUCUGAUGCAUUCAGUCCCAUAAAAGUACAAUCACAGUUAUGAAUUUAUUCCCGAAACUAAAGGAGAUCUGGCCAUAAACCAUGUCAGUUCACUAAAUUAAGAGGAGACAAAUAUUGAGUCGACAUCGAGUUGUAACCAAUUUAUUCAAGAUUGUUCAUUAUGCUCAUUUGCUAUAUAUAUAUAUAUAUAUAUAUAUAUAUAUAUAUAUAUAUAUAGGAAGUCUGCAAGUCGAUUUUCGCGUGGAACAGUGCUCAAUACGUUGAAGCAGAGCAGAAUAAAUAUUAUGAGAGGAAAAAAGGACGCAACUACAUUUCCUGACAAGCCUGUUUCGUGAAUCGCUUCACUCUUCAGGGGUUUAAUCAUUUAAUCAAUUAAACCCCUGAAGAGUGAAGCGAUUCACGAAACAGGCUUGUCGGGAAAUGUAGUUGCGUCCUUUUUUCCUCUCAUAAUAUUUAUAUAUAUAUAUAUAUAUAUAUUCUUCCAGCUGGUUAUUGGUACCAUAGUCAGUGUUUCUUACUUCAAUUAUAGGUUGGUAUCAGUUUUUCCCUGCACAAUCACAACUUGUUAAAUCCCUUCUGCAGUUCCUUUGUUGGCCUUUUAAAGGGAAGAGUAAACUUCAUGUUCUUUAUAGUAUUUAUUCUUGUGCGAUCUAACGAAAGAAAACACAUUUAAUUAAUUAUAUGUAAUUCAGUUUUACUCAUGCCGAAAUUAAUAAAACAUGGAACAAAUACACCUGUCCAUUGGUUAUGAAAGGAUUUCGAGUAAACAAAAUAUCUGAAAUAAUCACCGAGUUAUCCUGUAGUAAAAGAAUCGAGUGACCCUAGAAUGUGGCUGAUCUAAAAAAAACAAUUCAAUGCCAGUUUCCAGCGCAUGUUAUCAUGUGGUAAAGCGAUUCAGGAUUCCAUUGAUUGAAACUAUUUGAAAUUCCUCAAGUUAUUUUACCUGUUAUAACAAAAAGAAAAAAUUAGAAUUUACCGAUUCAUCCUAUUAAAUGAACUAUUUCUAUCGUCACAAAGUGUUUUUCCUAAACAUCAGCUUAAUCCCGGCACCGAUACCAAAAAACUUUGAUUCAACGAAACGAAUGUUAGAAAUAUAGCCAAUGAAUUUGUACAAUCCAGUUAGUUUUUCAAAACUUCCUUUUCAAAAUUUGAAUAGCUCUGACCAGAACAUCUUUUAAAUACUUUCCUUACAUAUUGCUCGUUAAAGCGGUUGGUUUUGAAUGAGGUGCCACUUUUCCAUCAGUGCCAUCGAGGUUAGUUUAAAAGUGUAGCUAAAAAAAUAAGUUAAAAAAAAUGUUGAUGGGUCUACGCGACUCCUGCCCUUUGCAGGCGAUUUUAAAUCUUCCACCUUCGGAAGACAAGUUUUAGCGCAAGGGUGUGCGCAAGAGGGUUUAAAGGAUGUUGAGUAGAAGGAGGGUCUCAAUGGGUGAUGGCUUUUACGGCUAUCGGUUAAAAUUUUGGCCAAUUCCCGGCUAACGGUUAACUCCUUUCCAUUGUUUCCACCAGAGAUAUUUUUUACGGUUAACUUUUUUUACGACUAACGGUUAAAAUUUGUCAAUUUUUACGUCUAACGGCUAAAUAUUUUGGCCGUUUUACAGCUAACGGUUAACCCCAUUGGGACCCUCUAGAAGAUAGUUAUUCGUUGGGGCACAUCAGAUAAAGGUAGACUUGUUUUUAAAAGGUAAUUUGGUAUUAUCAACUGAAUUGACGAAAGGCUGACACUCGAAACUUCAGCUUUGCAACUCUAAACGGUGGCCAAUUUACAUUACCAACUCAGUUGAUGAUACUAAAUUACCCUCUUAAACUCUCCCACCGACGCUGCACCACAGUUUCUUCCUAAAAUUACCCCCUUUAUUCACUUGUUUUUACAAGUUUGGUCCAUUACGCGAGUCGAUAGAAAUAGCCCCUAUAAAAAACUGCUGUUGAGUGAAUACUUUGCGACGCCAACUCAUUUCCUUAUUUUUCACUUUUUAUUUCUUUAUUUGCAGCAUUUGUUAUGUUUCAAUUUUUCUUCCCUUCAACAUCAAUCUUCCAAGAAAAUCGAUGCUGAAAUCAUGAAUACAGCUUUCUUAAUAUGAUAGGUGCCAUACUCAGCGACCAAAGGAAUUCGAAGCAUGCAGGCCGUUUGACAUUUACCAAUCAGUACAGCAACUUCCCUCGACAGCCCGCCGCUGUUCAAAGCCAAGUCAAGCGCUGACUGGUAAUGUAAUUUAGAUAUGCAAUUUUCAGGGCUUUAUUCACAACCUUCAUGGAUUUUUUUCGUCUCAAGUCAACAAUCAUUAACCAUGAACACACAGUGUAGUCUUUUUAAACUCAUCACCAAUAGAUGAGCUUGUGAACUGGUGCCUCAGGCAUAGCAAGGGGGUAUCCAUGGCAACUCUGCGAGCGGGACCCACCCCUGCAUGCAGCCGCCAACUGGCACCGUCACACUGGAAAAACUCGCCUGACCCCGUACUUACUAAUACACAGAAGGGCUGGAAGCCAGAAUCCGCAAAGAUUCGCUUAAGGUCCUUAAGCAACAGGCUCAGAAACGCCAGCACGAAAUGCAACGUAAGUCAAAAGAAAUGAAAAAGGCCCCUGCGGUCACCCCACAGAUCACGUACGCUUGAGGACGAGACCGCUGACCGUAUCGGCUUGCAAUUCAACUUUCCCUAAAUUACAUAGUCAUUGUUAUUUGACUUUUCCAUGCACUCAAGCAAAAAUUUCCCCUCCGUCCCACCCUCCAGAAAAUGUGAAAAAGAGACAAAGGAAUGACGAUUUAAAUUUAGUAGGAGUGGGAGGGGAUAAUGCCGAUAUCGACGCCGAGGUCUACUCAGAAUUUAGUGCCCAGAAAGCGAUUUGUGACUGAACUCCGAAUGAAAAAAAUUAAAAAAAAGAACAAAGUCUUGACCUAUAUUCGGCCCUUGCCCUUUUCGCUUUGGGCAUGCCCGUGUGAUAAAGAAAAUGAAAGGGUCUUCGCCAUUAGCUAUCGUGGAUCUCUUACUUUCGCUGAUUCAUUUAGCUGAUUUAGGAGUCAUCGCCACGGGAGGCAGAGAAGAUGAACCUCGUAUGUGCCCAAAUGCUACCUUUACUAGACCAGGCUACUAGACAGUGUGACUGGUUAUCCAUGGUUUUCGAGCCUAUUUUAAGAGAGGAUAAUUUACUUUUAUCAAAAUCGAAUAGAGUGACAAGGCUGACUGAUCGCACCUCCCCGGAUCUGAAUUAAGAGCCGCUAAGUGACAUCAUACUGUUUCUUACUUUACUUAUUUGGAGUGUCAUUAAUGUUACGGGGCGCAGAGAUGAUCGCUAUGGCAUUUGCUUUUGUACGAGCACCUUGUGUCCGUUUGCGUAGCUUUUAUCCAAUUUCAUCUUUCGCGAAAGUUCACUUCCAGAGAGCUGAAGCAGCAGAAAAGAUUUCUCCAUCAGAAACCGAAGUCGAACCUCUGCCGCUCAAUGAAAUCCCUGGACCUCAAGGGAAAUAUGUACCAGCGAUAGAGUUUUAUCGCGUUUCUGAAGGAUUUACCAAAAUUUAUAAAUUGACCGACAAGCUAUUCAACCAGUAUGGCCCAAUAUUUAAGCAGUCUGUCACUGAUAGGAGUCCUGUUGUCCAUGUCAUGGAUCCAGUCGACAUUCAAACCGUGUUUCGUGCAGAGGGAAAAUAUCCUUACAGGCCACCAAUUGAUGCGCUCAUAGAAGUUCGGAGAAGAAAGGGAAUGUUUCUUGGGCUCGAAAAUCUGUGAGUACCUUGACUAGUAUUCGUGAAAGUUUUUGAUCUUCAGAUUAUCAGGCCAGGUAAGAUUAUUCCCUAGACUUUGAGGCAAGUGUAUAAGCCUUGAGUAAACUAACUUUAAACUUGCUUGUCCACUGAUGCAGUUGAUAUUUGGAAGUGAGUGAAUCAUUUGCUCGGAUAAUUUUGUCGGCAUUAAUUAUGUGUCAACCUUCAGAAAAUUUCAGUUGGGUUACCGUUUGUUCUGCAAAUCGUUUGAUAUUUCUGUUUACUGCGUUUGAAAUUUCUUUGUGUUUACAUUUUAACUUAUUUUUCAAUCAAAUACCAUAUUUCUAAUUAACGUGGUCAUUAGUCGAAACUGGACUAAUGCUUAGUAACCGCAAUUGUGAUAAGAAAAAACCCUUUGGGUUUGAGUCGUCAGAGAAAAGGAGGACUGGAAAAGGAAACGAUUUAGCUCUCGAAUACAGACCAAUAGCGAUGGAGGAUCAAGCACGUAGCAUACAUGUCUAUCUAACUGUAGGUCACUUGGCCGUUAGAAAGUUUCAAAAUAUUUCUCUUUGUCACAGUGCUAAGUGUUUCCUCAAGUACUUAUUCCCAGUAAUAACUGUUUCCCUGGUGGGGAGUAGAAACAAACACAAAACACAGAAGCUCCAAAUAAACAGACAAAGUGGCAGACAAUUUGGGUUGUGUUGGAGCGAAGAGUUUCCUUUUUUUUAAGGUGGAGCAGGUAGGUAGGUUAGGUAAGCCACCUAGCCAUGUUCGAAAAAUAGCCCAUAUUUACAUACAAUCUUAAAACUCCAGAAUUCCAAGGUGAAGUUUCCAGUGCAUGAAUGUAACCCAGUACCAGGUGGGUUGUCCCACCUUAAAAUGCUUUCAUAGCAAAUUGUAACCAUGGUAGACUAGGUAACCUGCCAAGGCUGGUUACCCCACUUAUUGUGUUAAUGUGAUCAAGAUAAAAAGAAAUCAUAUAUUAAUAACAACUCAUAGGGACAACAGGCUAACCCAGCUGUGCAGGUUACCUGAUCUCUAUGUAAACAGGCUCUUAGAUCUCAAGGCCCUUCUUAUAAGUUAUUCCCAAACCUAGGAUGCACUGAAUGUGGAAAAUAAAGAAGAGCAAAAUGUUUUGAGUAAAACAAGCUUUGUGCUGAAAUAAACCAAACUCAAAAAUAUCAAGCUUCCCAGAUUUUGAGGGAACCCUUAGUGAGAAGCCUUAGUACCCUUGCCUUGCACAACUGUAAAUUUUCAAUUUAAACUACUCAGAAUAAUUUCUAACUUGUUUGAUGAUAGUUCAGCGCACAAAUUCGCCUCGCUAAUAUUUGCAAUGUGUAACUGAGAUUUUUGCAAGAAAUAAAAUGGAUUUGAUGGACACACAAUUUAACCACUCUGUUCUUCAUAAGAGUGAGGAGAUACACAUUACAUUGAACCAUUCUUAGCAUUUAAUUUAGUAAUAGUGGUCAAAUUUGAACUGAGGCUAUAAUUUAUAAUUGGGAGUACAUUGUAUGUGUGAAAUUAGGGGUUGCACAUAUCACUGAAGCCUCAUGGGUAAGUAAAAAGUGUUCCCAUCACAAGAGCUUGACAAGCAGAGUAAAAAUUAAUUUUAUUUCUUUCUGCUAAGCAUAGAAAUAUAGUUCUAGAUCUGUGGUAGAUUUUUGAAAAAAAAGACUUUUCGUGGAAGCCUCUGAGAAAAAGCAAUGCUCCAGUUUGAUAUAACUUGAAACAUUUUACUGCUUCAUUGGAAUAAGGCAGUUGAAGAAACAGAUCUCGAUUGGCAGCCAUCUUUGAAGGGAAACACUAUCACUAGAGUGAGUGUGUAGGGAACACAUAAUAGAAACAAACAUGUAUUACUGGGCACUGUGUUUCCCAGUGGCUCUUCAACAUGGCUGAUAUAAAAUGUACUGCAGACCACAUAUUAUGGAGUGGUUUUAAAACAUGGAAUUAUUUGAGGUACACAUGUGUUAGACACAACCUGCAUCAAUGGAGCCUGUUCACACAUGGACUAGUGAAUAUAACUUGUUCACCUAGUGUGUUAUAUUUGAAUUUAGAUUUACAAUUUAUAAUUUCAAUUUCAUGUGAGCCACUAGUAGUCCAUAGUAAACAUGGGUAUACAGUCCAAAGUUGACUAAGAUCAUGUGAAACAGAGAAAAAUCUUUAAACAUAUUGAUCAUUUGCAUACUUAUUCCCCUGAUUUCUCAAUCAUUGUACUCAAAGGAACCUUACCUUUAAUUUGUCAACUUUCCUGAGUUAACUUGGAGUCUCCCUUGUACAGAGCAAAUGUCUUUGUUCCCUCAAGGAUGUGCUUUAAUUGAAUAUUAAUACCACACAGAAAUGGUAAGGAAUGGCAAAGAGUUAGACAAGCAGUAGCCCCAAAACUGAUGCGUCCAAAAGUGUUGGAGGAAAACAUUGACAACUUUAACGCUGUUACAAAAGACACACUGGAACACUUUGCAAAACUUAAAGAGACUAGCGGAUUGGGGGAAGAAAUUCCUGACUUGGAGGGUGAACUGAGUAAAUGGGCAACAGAGAGUAAGUUUGCAUGUCUUAAAUAAUAAUGAUGAUAAAUUAGGGUGGCUAUUUUACUUAUUAACAGAUGUCUUGAAAGGUUGGCAGAAUCAUGAAUGUUGACAUACUUAUUGCAAUGCAGUGAUAAGAAAGAGUGGUCACUCACUCCCCUUUUAGUUAAAGGCACAUAAAGCUAAAAUUAGGGGUGUUUCUUGGGGUUUAUAUAUAGAUACUGUUUAUAUUGUUAUUACGGUUACCUAGUAACAUAUACAAAUGAUCAAAAUUACCGUAAAACAGUUAACCGUCCUGUAGACACUUAAGAGACAAUUUUCAAGGGUUACUGAUUUCUAAAGGAAGUUGUUGUUUCAGUUGGAGGCUCUUUUUCAUGUUUUGGAUUCUCUUUAACUAUAGUUUGUGGGAUUAGAAACUGAGACAAAGAGGUCCAGAAAAGAAUUAAGGGAAGGAUGUGCAAGACCCAAAAUUGAACUUAAUUUAUAGAUUUCAUAUUUCUAGAGGUUGGCAUCUCUUCAAUUAGAAUCCAAACAAGGAAAAGUUAGUAUCUGGGUUUGCUGGGUUUAUUUGGUCAACAAACACCACAUGUUUCCUGUGAGGGAGGCUUUCAAAAGGUUGCUAUCUUUCUUGGCUCAUAUGCAAGAGUUUUCUGGAUUUUUUUUAAACAAGCUUAAGCCCAUUGCAAGGUCUCUCAAGUUUGGGGUCUUGGCAAAUUUGCUGGGCUUGGCUUAUAGGUGAAUAAAUGCAGUACUUCAAAUGAAGUAAAAGUUAAUACCAUAAAAUUAAGGAAAAAUCAAUACUUUUGACCUAGUUAUGAUGGUGGUUUCAUGCAUGCUCACUUUCCUGGAUUAUCUGAAAGUUUCUCAACAUACAGAGCUUAUCUCUUGGCAUCUCAUACAGCCUGCCAAGUCUCUCCCACAUAAGAGAAUAUAGGCAUUUUUCUCUGAAACAGGGAGAGGGGCAAGUCAAGUUUAUUUCACUCCCUAAGAAAUAAGUGUCUACUAUUCAAGGUUGGUUGUAUUUUCCUCAACUUUUUGUUUUUGUUUUUGUCUAAUUUCAUCAUUUUAUGGUUUAUAUGUUUUAAUUAAGGUGUGGGCACAUUGGCUUUUGAUGCUAGAGUUGGGUUAUACAAUGAUCCACCAAGUGAGGAAGCCUUGAGGUUCAUUGGAUCAAUACAUGAUACUUUUCAAAGCCUCCAUGCCUUUGUUUUUGGAAUUGUGGAGAAAAAUUUAUUUCAAUACAUGAAAACCCCAAACUUUGUCAAGCUUGAGCGUGCAUUGGACACUUCACUUGAAAUUGCACGUGGAUAUAUUGAUAGGAAAAUGAAAGAUCUUGAAGAAAUGGCUCAUAAAGGAUCAGAUGAUUCUCAAGAAUCUGAAGGUAAAAUCUGGAUGGGCAAGAUUCUGCCUAAGGAAUGAUACCUGUUUCAUUAUAUUUGCAAUGAAAUGAAAACGGAGAGAAAAAUCAGGAGAUUAAAUUGGUGGUUACUGGUAGUAGCACAGAGGGCUUGAAGCUGGGACCAACAGAUUGCAAGCCUAGUGCCCUAACCACACUGUCUCCCUGACUUCUAUGGAUUAAAUCAUCAGAUUCCACUAAAUGCUGUGGUGUUUUAAAAUGCUCUUAGCACACCACAAUGGAGAUCCCUUCCCAACCCAUUUCUACAAGUCACAAGAGCAACAUUACCAAUGUCUACGACAACAUGGGAUAAAGAAGGGUCUUUCCAAGUGUUCCCUUCCCCAAAAAAAUUACUUUGACUUGCAAGUGCUAAUUGUAUUCAGUUAGGUCAACAAAAGUGUAUCAGCUCUCUGGUUUUAGGACCAACAAAUAAGGUACAGAGUUAGUGCACAGAGUAAUGAACUAAAAACUGUUUGUUAUUUAUUUUUCCAUAGCUGUUUCAUUGUUAACUUACCUGCUAACACGUGAGGACUUGACCCCGGAAGAAAUUUAUGCCAACACUUUUACUAUGUUUGCAGCAGGUGUUGACACAGUAAGUUGGUUUAUCAUUCCGCAUGUUUUGACAAAGUGAAUCCAACCACUGUAAAUAGUUACAUUAUGGCCAGUGACAAAACCCAAACAUGAAUCAGGAAAGAUGUUUUUUGACAGGUGAGGAGAGAGUUUGGUCUGCUGAGCUAUGCCAGGGUAAUCACUAAACUCAACAGAAAAUGAUCAUCACAACCAUGCUUCUGUUUGUAAAGAUAGCUUAAGCUAUCUUUACAAACAGAAGCAUAAAACGGAUAUGCUUCUGUUAUAACGAGUUAGCAAUUAAUCUAUUAACUGUGACCAGACUUUUAUUUUGAACUCUGUGAGUGUGAGCUGGAAAUCAAGUAAGCAAUGCAAGAAAUCUUCAACUCGACAACCGAGCCGUUAAAGUGAACUGCACCCUUACACGCGCAUCGAGCGAGUGUAAUUCCCAUGAAUUAGCUGCUUGAAACAAGCACACUUUUAUAAUUACAUGCAAAGUGCUUGAACUAAAAAUAGAUGAAUUGACAGAAAAAUUAUGCCUAUUUUGGACGAGAUAUUCAAUCUGGGGCAAAGAGGGCAGGCAUGGAGGUGUAGAAAACAGAGAUGGAUGGCCAUCAUUUGUUAAAUCCCGACAAAAAGAUGCUGAAACUCCGUACCUAAACCUCGUCUGUUCUGUUGGCAGGGGUUUGAAUAUUUAUUAGGGAAGUGAUAAAGGAAAAAUGACCAGGUAAAAAUGAAGGGUACUCUCCUAGUUGUAAGUGAAAUGGAGCACCCCUGUCAAAAUUUGGAUACAUCUUUCGGGCUCUUUUGGUUUUCUAUCUCACCCUGACUUAUUUUUCCCUUUUAAGACAAGUUACACCACUCUGUGGGCAUUGUACCACCUUGCAAGAAAUCAAGAAAUUCAACAAAUCCUUUACCAGGAAAUAUUUGGCAUUCUGGGGAAAGAUGGAGAUGUUACGGCUGGAAGCCUUGCAAAAUUGUCUUAUCUCAAGGCUUGUGUUAAAGAAUCUGCAAGGCAAGUUCAUGUUUUAAGGUGGAUUUUAUCAGAGAGUGUGGUGUGAAAAAUACUUUAUUUUGUAUAUAUACAAUCUUAAAUGUACAAUCUGCAAUUAUAUCGUUUAACUCUGCCAUUUCUUUGAUAGGUUGACACCAGUCUUCCCGGCUAAUAGAAGAAUAUUGGAUAAAGAUGUAGUUUUGAGUGGAUAUUUGGUUCCUGCACAGGUUUGCUCCUAACUUACUACCAUCUGCGUCUAUCCUUGAGCUGGACGAAUUAAGUGCUACUAAUGUUUUUUCGUGUAAACAAUGCAGGUUUUGUCACUUUUCGUAUAUUUUGUCAUCAACAUUUUCUUGUCUCCAGGGCUCGAAACUCGCAAAAUGCGAGUGAUUUGCAAAUCUGCGAGUGAGAAAAAUAUUCACCCGCAAACGUUUGUUUGCUGGAAUCAUCCAUGUCUCCGAAACAUGAAGUAGAUAGGUGGUGGCUGUUAGGACAACGACAAAGGAGACCAAAUAUUUAAUGCCCUUUUAUUAAACUUUUCAACUCAUUAAUAGCCUGUGCGAAAUAUUAAUUCUAAUCUUUAUAUCAGAUAUGGUCAUUGACAUUUCAAAGGGAAAUAAUUUGCUAGUGGUCUCACCAGUUUGCUAGUGGGAAAAAAAAUUUACUUACAAAACUUUGCUAGUGGACUAAAAAGUUAACUUUGAGCCCUGGUCUCCGUUACAGUACAUCCAAAUCAAACGGUUAAAGUGCGGUAACUUCGUUCCAAGUCAGGUCGCUCAGCGAAUGAGCUGAGCCCUAAGCCCCCUUGUCCACGGAAUCCCAUACCAAAGGUGUGGCAGAGUAUGCAGGUCAAGUAUUGGUUUGUCAUCAGGGAUCACCUUCCCACUGAUCCUCAGACCCGAGGAACCUGCCUUCAUCUUCGUUAUUUUGAGGAUCGUUUAGAGCAAUUUACAACUAAAUGGCUGAAAAAUUAAACCAACUUUAUUAUAAUUGUUAGUCAGAAAAAAGGUGAACAUCAUCAUUAGCAACGAGAACUCAAAUAGAAAACUGGCAAGCUGUUUGAAGUGCAUGAAAACGCAAGUGACAAAGCCGCGAUUUGGCGUUUUAGUUUUGCACCUGAUUGGUUAAGAUUGCGGCGCUAGUUUCUUGAUGUAAAGCAAAACCAAGGCAUUCCCGGAUACUUUUGGCCACUCAUUUGAAAAUGUCUAUACUUGCAAUCGUUGUUUAUCUUCUGCAUCCUUAAUCAUGUUUUCCUUUUUUGGUUUCAUCUUACCUCCUUACUUCCUCAUUCUAAGGCUCUUAAAGAGUUUUCUUGGUGUCAAAUAAGGCGAGUUCUGUCCUGAAACCUGACUUUACCCGAGUCCUUAGGGGUACGAUGUCUUCCAAACAAGUCCAUGUAGCUUCAUUUCAGAAUAUUAUAGUGGUAUUUUCGAUAAUUUCCGUCACUAAUGCGAAGGAUCCUCCUCUGUCUCUCUGAAGUAUUGAUAACGUAAAGAGAGACCAGUCUGUUUCUUAAUUCCCUUGUCUACUCUUGUUCGUCAUGAUUUCAUAGACCAUGAUUCAGAUGGAAUUCUUUGCCACAGCAGCCUCCGAAAAAUACUUCAAGAAUGCAUUAGAAUAUAAACCUGAACGCUGGUUGAGAGAAAACAAGAAAAAUAUUGAUCCCUUUGCAUUCCUUCCAUUUGGCUUUGGUCCGCGCAUGUGUAUUGGUGAGUUGUUCUUACUGAUAAUGGGCAUAAAGAUGUUCCCUCUUCAAAGUAAACUUUUGGGGACUAGUACUCUCCCAACAUGGGUUUGUUUUUCUAAAUUCGCAACGGUUGUCAAAUGACUUUUUUAUUUCUAGAAAUGUGUCAUUUUGCUCCAAUACUGUUUUUUUCGCCAUCAGUCGAUUAGUUUUGUCGUUUACAUCCAAGCAAUAACCAAGGGUAUGCAUUGAAGACGUUUCCACGUGCGGAUACUGUGACCCCCUUUAUGAAUUAAAGUCAGGUCACUAUAGUCAUGAGGUUUACGAGGGGAGAGGAAGGAUUGGGGCGAGUUUGGAAACGUGCAAUAUUUACCUGGUCAUAUUAGUGACAAAUCAUGGAAUGGUUAAACUGCUCAACUGGGAGGAAAACGUACCAUGAAAGUAAAUUGUCUCGAAUAGAUUGUCGGGUUAAAAAAAUAUAUAUAUACUUAAGUCUUCAUGAGGUUUUUUUCGGUUUUUUUACAGGCAGCAGAGUGGCAGAGCUGGAAACAUAUCUUCUGGUUGCAAAGGUAGGCUAGUAUUUGUGUGGCAACAAGAUCCAAAGAAAGGAGAUGAGAUUGAUUCCUUCCCAUAACUGCGAAUUUCUCUUGUAACUUGUUCCAGAAGUCUGUCGUAACCCACUCGGAAGGUGGGCAGAAAGUGUACGGAAUCUUUACUCCGGAAUGAACAGAAAAGUCUUUCAACGUUUUGAAAAAGUAUUAGCAUGAUGUUGAACGGGAAAAACAUAUAGAGUCUUUAUUUUUCUUUUGCGGUUUGUUAUGAAAUCUCUCUUGAAUGAACUUUUGUUUGAGCAUUCGUUGAAUUACGCAAAAUAUAAUCGAUUUUACUUCAGCUUAUGCAGGGGGGUAACUCGUGUGCAAUUUUUGGACGUGAUUAAUGGGGUUCUGUACAAAAAGAUGAUUAAUGGGGUUCUGUACAAAAAACUAAAGAACAAUACAAUAGUAGAGGCAAUGUACUCUUUUAGUAUUCGCUAAGCCAUGUUGUGCGCUGAUAGUAUUCCUCGCCACACAAACUGUAGGUUAUUCAACGCUUCCGGUUAGAGUAUCACCAUGAGCCACUGGAAAUGUAUCAGAGGCUAUCAGCAGUUCCAGAGAAACCGGUCAGGAUCAAGUUUAUAGAUCGACAUUAAAAGGAUGAUGUUUAAGGGAUUUUGACCUCGACUUUCUUGCUAAAGCAUGUCGGCCACUCUAGCACCAUUUCUAUUUUCAAUAGAUAUGAUUUUUAAGAAAGACAAGUAAUGGAAUCUAAGCAAGCCGACAGAGCUUUAGAGCAUAUAUGCUUUUGCUGAAUUAAUAUUAACACUCUAGAUGAGCCGAUACACUGCGGAGAGUCUAAUUACAUCAAACGAAUGCUAUGUCGUUGAUAAAUUCACCAUUAUAUUUUUAUCGAAAGAUGUUGCUGUAGCUACAGUAUAGUUUUUCAUACAACUGUUACGUUUAUUGAAAGAGUAAAUGACUCAAUUAGCCAAAUAAGUGGAAUUUUUAUCAUCGCGAGUGUGAAUCAAUUCUUUUUAAUGAUUAGAAGAAAACUCAAGGCAUAUUGAACUCAUUAAUAGGUUUAUUUUGGUAGAUAUUUACUUUGCGUCUGUCCUCUGAGGAGAAUAAAAUUAGGUUAAGAUGUCGUCCAGUUUCAAUGAGUGGCCAAGCACAUCCUGCAUGGUAACCAAACCAAGCUUAAAAUAGUUUCUUUUCUUACAAAGUAACAAUGGUGUCCAAAUGGUAAACUGUAUUACACUCAGAAGUGCUAAAUAUCUCAUUUAUUAUUACAUCAUUCAUAGUCUAUGGAAAAGUCAUUUAGUUAGUAAAAAAUCAUAGAGAUUGUUGCCUGGAACUGAAAGCGUCAAAAAUAUUUCAUAAAAAUGGUAAUGUCACCAAAGAUUAACUUUAAAAUGUUUAGUCACAUUAUUAAACAAUGAAUUUCACAAUAUUGAACGUAUAUCAUGAAUAAAGACUAAUCACCCGGAC